AUGCGGCACCGGAGCCCUGCGCAGCGCGAGGGUGGGGUGCGGGGAUGCGGCGCCUCCCUGCAACACCAGGGCGCAGGAUCCCCGGAAGUUGGGGUGCAGCAGGAAAGGGGCCGUCAGGGGCCCCAGGGAGUGGGUGUGGAGUGGGGCCGGCGGCUCCGCGCCCUCUGCCGGGGUUUCGUUCCCCUCACUCUCGGGAGGGCGCGGAAGCGUGAGUCCGCCAAGAGCCUCCCAGGAGCGGGAUCCACGCGGGGGCCGGGACGCAGCCGGAACCGGCGAGCGGGCGGGGGGCGCGCGGAGGCCGGCUGGGCCGGGUGGGGAGCGGGAGCGGGCGGGGGUGGGGUUCCCGCCGCCGCCGCCGCCGCAGGGCCCUACCUUGUCCAGGAGCAGCUCCAGCUCGGCGGGGCGGGGACGGGAGAGCGCGGCCGCAUCCACGUCCCGGCCGCUCCGCGCGGCUCAGCCCGGCGACUGGCGCCGCUCACGCUCCAUGCGCCGCGCCUGGCAGGGCGGCUCGGCGGGAUCGGCGGCGGGCAGGAUCCUACUGGCUUCCCGCACUUGUUGCCGCCGCCGCCGCAGCUGCGCCUCGCUGCGAGGUCCGACUCCCGGCGCCGCCGCCGCCAGCCCCGCCCCUGGCCCCGCCCCCGGACGGCGCGCCAAUCAGGGCCGGCGCCUUCCCUGACGUCACCGCCCCGCACGGCCACCCACAGCCCCGCGCCCCAAGUUUUGGGAUUGUCCGGCUCGGCCGCCAGGCGGAGGGGCUCCCGAUAUUUACCCGGGCUCUGGCUUUCCUCGGCUUCCGGGAACCUCUGGCACCUGCUGCACCUGGAAAGCAGAAGGUUACACUGGCCACCUUAUAUAGGCGCCCGAGGCCACCGCCACCGGAUCCUAAGGUUUACGAAACCGUCCAAAACAUGGGAUCGGGAGCCUUGGUUCUCCUGGAGGCCCCACGAGUCUCAGGAAGUCGGAAAUGCAAGGUGCCGGUGCCGGGAGGCGAACACGCGCCGCGGCCCCAGGGUCGGAGCUGACAGCUUAGGCGCGGCCCGGUAGAUGGCUGAACGCUGACCCCUCGCGACACUGCGAGGCUGCACAGGCUGGGAGGGCGGCGCCGGCCACACCCGCCCACGGGAGCUCCGGCCCCCGCGCGCCCUGCUGGCUUACAGCUCCUCCCUGCUCGCCGGAGCCGUGCUAGCCAAGAUGAGUCCUAGCGGCUGAUGGCACCAUUUUGGGACCCGCAAGUAAACACGGCGCUACAGGAUGGAGAAGUUUCCCCGGGUUAGACCCGACUCAGCCAGCAAGAGAAGGAGCGCUCCAUGGGGAAGACAAGCCCCACCCGAGGCGCACCUGUAAACUAGCCCUUUGCUUGGUUCUUAUCUUUCUGGGUUAAGAAAACGAUCUCUAGAUGAUUGUACUGAGGAAUUAAGAAUAUCUCAUCCCACUGUUUGCUUUUAGAAGGCAGUCAGAGGUGGAGUUAGUCAAGGGGAAGGAAUUGUUAGUAUCAGAAUUUGUAAGCCCAGCUCACGAGAUCAUCGCUUUUUUAUUUUGUUUGUUUUUUGUUUUUUGAGUCUCACUGUGCAGUUCAGGCUAGCCUUGAACUCACCAUGGAACCCAGGUUGGCCAACGACUGGAGAAAGGAUCCUCCUGCAUCAGCCACCCCAGUACUGAAAUUGUGGACAUUCACCAUCGUGCCCUCCUUUGUCUACACUUUUAAUCUCCAGUAAAAGUGGAGGGUAUUGCUGGAAGCACAGAGGCACACUGACACAGCCCUCUAGAAAGGGAAAUUCUGAGUCAGUGGACCUGGAAAUACUAUGAUUUGCAGGUUUUUUUGUUUUUAUCUUGUUGAGACAGGAUCUUGCUAUGCAGUACAAGCUGGCCUUGAGCUCACUUUGUAGCCCAGGCUGGUCUCAAAUUUGCAACAACCCUGUCUCAGCCUCUCAGGUGCUGUGAUAACAGGAAUGAACCAGUACCCCUGGCUGUGAUUUGCGAUCUUAAGAUCUUUUUGCUUUUAUGACGAUCACACAGUCAUAAAACUGUGGUGCCAUGUUGGAGAAACACACUUGGGGGAGAGAGAGAGAAACAGAGUUAGUUUAGUUUUUUGGUUUGAUUUGAUUUGGUUUGGCUUGUUUUUAUGAGACAUUCUCACUAUGUAGUUCAGCGUAGGUAGCCCAGGAUAGCCUCAAACUUGCUGAGAUCCUCCUGCCUUAGCCUCUGAGGGCUGAGAUGACAGGUGUGUGCUACCAAUUUGUUGAAUUUUUAUCUUUCAUUGAAAAGACAUUUGGGGGGCUGAGGAUUUAGUUCAGCGGCAUAAGCGCCUGCCUUGCAAGUUCGGAGUUGUGAGUUCGAUCCCUGGUACCAAUUUAAAAAAAAAAAAAAAAAAAGACAUUUGGAAGGAUUCACACAGCCAGUUAACCACAAAUGAACAAAGUUUUGGGUCACAGAUUGGGGUAAGAGAAGGAAGGUAGCUAAACUUUAUACCCUCACUGACUUUGGCUUUUCCCAGUUUGAGUUACUUUCCUAAUUUAGAAAGCUAAUAAAACAUUUUAAGGAAGUAAAUUAGAAAUUAAGGAAUCCUACCUGAAUGUAUAACCACUUGUCCGAAUAUUUAAGUAUAUGUUGGCCAAAAAUUGCAUAUUUUUUUCAUUAAUUUUUAAAAUAUCACAGGAAAUAUAAAAACAAUUUUAUCAAGUUGAUUCCAUACAAAAAUAGACUGAUUGAAAUGACACCUGCCCAAGCUAUGCUUAGGAUAGUCAGUAGGUAAACAGACUCACUGCCCAGGUGGUCAUUGGGGUAAAUUGUUAAGUGAUUAACAGAUAAAUGAAGUCCUGUCAAAAUAGUCUUAAGCCCAUGUCCCUUGGUUUAAAUAAAGGUAUCUGUAAGA